GUGUCAUUGGGGCGUUGUCAUUCGUUGAUAUUAAUAGAUGGAUGCGUUUAUUCGUGUGGUAUGGGUAGAGAUGGCCGUUUGGGGCACGAUUCCCAGGCUGAUUCGUUGAAACCGAAGAAGGUGUUUUUGGGUGAUCGAUACUGUGUGGAUGUAUCUGCUGGUUCCAAUCACUCAGUGGUAUGCACCAAAAGAGAGGUACGUGUCUGCAUUGCAUCACAUUAA